AUGGGACAGAUAGCGACAACAUUGACGGAAGAAGACUCCCGUUACGCAGACCUCAUCUCUUUGCCUGGUAAUGAUUCCAGAGUGAUCAAAGUUGUACGGGAGAAAUACCUAACACCUCCAUCGCCUCUUCCAUACAAUAUGUCAACAGAUCCUGCGUACAAUAACUACAGCAGAAGUGCUUCCUGGAAUUAUAUCAAUCAUUACGUAAAGCAACUUUUCGCAGAUCAAAAAAAUGGUUUCUUUGUGGAAGCAGGAGCUCUCGACGGAGAAUUCCUUUCCAACAGCUUGUGGCUUGAGCAAUCCCUACGAUGGCCCGGGCUUCUUAUUGAGCCAGACAAAGCGAAUUACCUCCAGAUGCUGCAAAAGCACAGGCGGGCUUGGACGUCAAAUUCAUGUUUGUCACCAACUAUCUUCUCUAGGGAAGCCGUCCUCGUUGCGGUUACAAUGAACGAAAUUUAUCCAGGGAUUCCUUGGUACUACAGAGGCUCUUCACAUGAACUUGGUAUAACGCUGUCACCAAGAUACGACGGCUUCUUCGAGGCGGCCGAGGAGUCCUAUUUCCUGGUGCAGUGCUUCCCUCUGGCGUCUUACCUGUGGGCUUUGAACAUCACUACAGUCGACUUCUUAUCUCUGGACAUCCAAGGGAGCGAGAAGGGAGUGCUGACGUCUUUUCCUUGGCGUGACAUCACUGUCAGAGUCAUCGUUGCUGAAUUUUCUGCUGAAGAUGAGGAAGUUAUUGAGUUUAUGGCAGCCAAUGGAUACUUGUGGCUGAAUUCAAAAGAAAGAGUAUACGAUGAAGAAUUCAUUUUCGUUAGAAAAGAAGAACUGAUAGGUCGUAACAUCACUUAUUUUAGUAACACUCUGUAG